ACGGCGGAGGAGUACGAGGAGGUGCUGGGGCGCCUCUCGUCGCUCAUCUCGCAGAAGGUGCGCGCGCACACCGGCAACCGGGGCAACCAGUGGGAGCUCCUCGAGCGCUACAUCCAGAUUCUGGAGCUGGAGGAACCCAUCGCUCGGAUGAAGGUGAUCCAUGUCGCGGGGACCAAAGGGAAGGGUUCGACAUGCACAUUCACGGAGUCGAUCCUCCGAUCGUGCGGUUUCCGCACUGGGCUCUUCACCUCGCCGCAUUUGAUGGAUGUCAGGGAGCGGUUCCGCCUGGAUGGGGUGGAUAUUUCUGAAGAAAAGUUUUUGAAGUACUUCUGGUGGUGCUGGAAUAAACUGCAGGAGAAGACUGAUGAUGAUAUUCCCAUGCCACCCUAUUUCAGGUUCAUCGCUUUGCUAGCAUUCAAGAUAUUUUCUGCUGAGCAGGUAGAUGUUGCUCUUCUUGAGGUUGGCCUUGGAGGGAAAUUUGAUGCAACUAAUGUGGUUAAAGAACCUGUAGUCUGUGGAAUAUCUUCUCUUGGAUAUGAUCAUAUGGAAAUUCUUGGAAAUACUCUUGGGGAGAUUGCUGGGGAGAAAGCUGGAAUAUUCAAGAAAGGAGUUCCAGCCUAUACUGCUCCACAACCAGAAGAGGCAAUGGUUUCUCUGAAAGAAAGAGCUUCAGAAUUAGGUAUUUCACUCCAAGUGGUUGAUCCUUUGAAGCCACAUCACUUAAAAGAUCAACAGCUUGGACUGCAAGGUGAGCACCAGUAUACAAAUGCUGGCCUUGCAGUUGCAUUAGCUAGUACAUGGCUUGAGAAGCAGGGACACGUGGACAGAAUGCCACUCAACCGUACUGAUCCCUUACCAGAUGACUUCAUUAAAGGACUGUCAACUGCUUCUUUGCAAGGCCGAGCACAAAUUGUUCCAGAUUCACAAGUAAAUUCUGAAGAGGAGCCGAAUUCUUCUUUAGUGUUCUAUUUGGAUGGGGCGCACAGUCCUGAAAGUAUGGAAAUAUGUGCUAGGUGGUUUUCCAAUGUUACCAAGGAGGACAAAAGAGUACCAUCUUCCAUGGAACAAUCUCAGACUUCUGGCAAAUCUCGCAAGAUUCUUCUGUUCAAUUGCAUGUCUGUGAGAGAUCCCAUGCGAUUGCUUCCACAUCUUCUGGAUACUUCAACUCAAAAUGGGUUGCACUUUGAUCUGGCCCUAUUUGUGCCAAACCAAUCACAAUACAACAAGCUUGGUUCUAAUACAUCAGCACCUGCAGAGCCUGAGGAAAUCGAUUUGUCAUGGCAACUAUCGCUCCAAACAGUGUGGGAGAAAUUACUCCAUGGUGAUAAAGGUUUGAAUAGCACGGAUUCCAGCGAGACUAGCCUCGUUUUUGAAUCACUUCCACUAGCAAUCGAGUGGCUGAGGAAAAAUGUCCGAGAAGAUCCGUCAACUUCUUACCAGGUCCUGGUUACCGGCUCCCUGCAUCUCAUCGGCGAUAUACUGAGGUUGCUCAAGAAGUGAUGUUUUCUGGAAACACAACAGUCAGAAGUUCACACUGAAGUAGCUGUACUGAUUAUGUGACCUCAAGCUGGGGCUCUUCACGAUUUAGAGAUGUUCCCAGGUCAACCACAUGGUUAAAGCGAUGCAGCGAUUUUCAUUCAAGGGCAUGUGUUUCGGUGCAAAUUGGACAGAGGGAAUGAAUGUGCUGCAUUUAUGUUCCAUUUCUUUUUGUGAAAGAAGAGGAGCUUGUUGUAUUUCGUUUCUUGUUUCGUGCUUUGUGGCCGUUGUUUGCCACUUUCUUCUUCGUGUACCCCUAGAUAGUUGUUAAACUUAUAAGAUAUAACGCAACCAAAACAUGAAUAAGAGGACGUGGUCAUCUAAUAAAAAGUCUCAUCCAUUGGUCAA